CGCUUAUUGUCCCGCCCACAUUGUCUCGCUACCCAAUCACAGAUUACGUAGAAUUGUUGUCGUACGUGUGUGUUGACACUGUAGCAAAGCAACCGGGAGAGAAGCUAACUGCUAGAAACCAACGUAACAAGAUGGAGGUGGAGCAGCUUCUGUCUCUGUCAGGCUCGGCGCUGGCCCAGGCUGUCAGCUCUCUGCUGGAGACUCCUGGCCUCUACGUUUUCUCUGACAUCCUGGAACUGCCUAAUGUUAGAGAGCUGGAGAAUGGCCCUCAUGCGCCGGUGUAUCAGCUGCUGAACCUCUUUGCCUAUGGAACCUACUGCGACUACAAAGAGAGAGCGGCGUCUCUUCCAGAGCUGACUCCAGCUCAGAGAAACAAACUCCGUCAUCUGUCCAUCAUCAGCCUGGCUUCCAACCUCAAGUGCCUGCCAUAUUCGCUGCUGCUGCAGCAGCUCGAGCUGAAGAAUGUGCGGGAGCUGGAAGACCUGCUGAUCGAGGCCGUCUACUGCGACAUCAUCCAGGGGAAACUGGACCAGAGGAACCAGCAGGUGGAGGUGGACUGCAGCGUCGGCCGCGAUCUCGGCCCCAACGAGCUCCCAAACAUAAUCAACACACUGCAGGAGUGGUGUACAGGCUGUGAGGCGGUUCUGUGCGGUAUCGAGGAGCAGGUCUCGAGGGCGAACCAGUACAGAGAGAACCAGCUAAAGGUUAAAGUCCAAGUGGAAACAGAGGUGUCAAACCUACAAAAGACGUUAAAGGCCACCGCUGCGUCUCCGUCCUCAGGCCCCGCCCCCGCCGGAGCAGCGUCCAAUCAGGAUGCAGAUCAGCCAGCCGAGCCUCGGGACCCCGCCUCCUCUCAGGAACCACGACAGCCGGGCAAGAAGGCUUCAAAGGUCAAAGGGCAUAAAGCACAGAACAACAACGAAGAUCAAACCAAGCACUAAAUUAAAGCGAUCAGUUUAGAAAAACAAAUCCCCAAAAGAAUCCAGUUCUAUUUUUUUUUUUAAAAACAGUAAAAAUAGAGCUGGUGAUUGAAGUGUGUGUGCAUGAACUACUUUUGUUAUCAGAUACUCACCAGUGUUUCUGCAGUUCCAGUAUAACCCCGUUCCCCUGCUCUGCCUCCAUCCAGCCGUAUUACCGACGGCUAAUUUCACAUCCGUCCCGAAUUGUAAAAUGUCACUGGAUACACAAAGAGCCGUUUCUCCCUCUGGUGAUCAGCCGCUGUUUAUGUUUGCCUGCUGAACAGAAAGCCGGCUGCUAACAUUUGGGCGAAACACAAGAGCCCUCCCUGUAAUUUCCAUCUUCGGAGCUUCAUUCAAUCGGAGAGCCACUCUGCGUUUUCACAUCCAAAUUAAUGAUAGCUUAACCUCAAUCCUCCAAUUUAAAUAACUUUUAAACCUUCUUUUUUUGAAGUAAAUCCAUAAUUCAGUGGUUAUAAUUAAACAUUUUACUAGCCAGAUUUUAUAUUAAUCCUCUCAGAUCCACUCCAGUUAAGGCUGUAGUGUGUAACUUUUAUUAAAAUAUGUUUUUACAUUUUAGUUAAAACCAUCUUGUGACGGUUUAUGAGACAAAUAAUCCGUGAAAAGAUCAAUUUCCAACCUCUUCCCUGAGCUACUACUGCUGUCUGAAUAAACGCACCUCUCCAGACAAAAAAAACAACCAAUCAGAGCCAGUAGGCGAGUCUUAGAGCU